UCCAUUAGUUAUUGCUUAAUGAUUACUUUACCAGUUUCCACCGGUGAUUUCUAUUUUGAAAAAUUCUUCUGGUCAUGUGAUUGGUUACGACGGCUUGUUAUACCAUCAUCUCUGUUACUUGUCGCAAAAAUUAAGGUUCACUUUCAAGAUAUCUCCAUCACCUGAAAAUACAAAUGGAAUUUUGCGGAACGGCACCUGGAAUGGCGUAAUAGGAACUCUCAUGAGAAAUGAAGCAGAUUUAGGCUUAGGACCAUUUGCAAUAUCUCGAGAACGGUACCAAGCUAUCGAGUUUUGCGGAAGAGUUGGAGGAGACUAUACGUGCAUACUAGUGACAUAUCCUGAGGAUAGCGUCUCGUUGACCAGCGCAUUUGAUGUGUUUUCCACAGGGAUAUGGAUAGGAUGGGUCAUUUCUGGUGCUGCGGUUGUUGCAGUUUCUGUCGUUUUAGGUUUCCUAGCAAAGCGUUUAUGGACUAAAGAUCGUAAAAUAGACGCUGGGGCACUUGCUUGGUACUUAUACGGCGCCGUCGUUUCUCAAGGGUGCCACUUUCCGCAAUGCCGAUUAUCACAGAGACUUCUUCUUGCGACGUGGUGUUUUGUGGCUUUUGUCUUUGUCAAUAUCUACAAUUCAACGUUGACUUCCUACUUGUCCGUAACAUUUCAAAGACCGGAAAUUAACAGUUUAAAUGAUUUGGGAAAAAACCCUGUCUAUAAGGCAACCAUUUUAGCGGGUUCCAUACAAGAAAUUGAUUUGCAGAGAAGCAAUGAUGAAGUUGGACAAACCGUUGCCGGCAUGAUCCAGAAAUGUGGUUCGGAUUGUAGAAAAUUCAGCCUUCAAGAAAUGGUCAUACCAGUUGCAGAGAAAGAAAACUACGUUUCCAUCAUACCAUGCAGUACUGCCAUAGGAAACAUGAAAAAUUACAACAAAAAGGGGAAAAAGUGCACUUUAGCUUUUGCGCAAGAAAUCAAAUCUUGGAAGCCCAUGUUUUUUGGUGUACCAAAAUCAAGUCCAUUCAUUGAAGAAAUCAAUCGAGAAUCGCUAUGGUUCAUUGCUAUUGGAAUGCGUGAAUACUGGUACGCCGAACACGAUAAACAACCGGAGAAAUGCAAGCUCCAAUACAACAGCAAAGGCGUUGCAACCAAGAGAUCCAGUAAACGAAUUAAACUGCAGCAAUUUUAUCUGCCAUUCCUCAUUCUUUUCAGUGGCUAUUUAUUAGCUUUUAUCCAAUUUUGCCGUGAAAAAUGUUUCUAUCGUCCAACUGCUUAGAAUCCCUUCUUCGGGUCGUAGUGAAGAAAAAAAAACAACAGGCGAACAGUAAAUGACACAUGUUCCCCAUGCCAAUAUCUGUGACGUCUGCUUAAAAAUCUAAAAUGCCAUGCCAUUCACCUGUAGUUCUGAAAGUGAAAUAGAUUAUUGCAUUUCG